AUGACAGUAGGAAUUUUAGAAUUUGAAAAAGAAAACCUAAGAAUACUAAAGAGCAGGCUCAGAAAUAAAUUAUUUUAGAGCUUUGAUAUAGGUAGAGAUAGAAAAUUUGAUCCCUGUUGA